ACGACGAAGAACACAAAAUCGAUAAAAGAAGAAAAUCAUCGGUUUAGAAUUAAAUUGGAAAAGAAACUUUUAAAUGAAGAGGAACGGAGAAACGAAGAGGCGGAGGAACGUGGCAGAGGAAGCGGAGCAGGGAGGAGGUGGAGAAGAUCCGGCGAUGUGGGAGAAUCUAGAUCGGAAUUUCAGACAAGUGCAAACUGUUUUAGACAGAAACAGAUCACUGAUCCAGCAGGUCAAUGACAAUCACCAAUCAAGAAUGGCUGAUAAUAUGUCCAAGAACGUGGCCUUGAUUCAAGAACUCAACGGAAACAUCUCCAAGGUUGUUUCCAUGUAUUCUGAUAUCAACACUAAUUUCUCAUCGGCUUUUCACGGUGGAAAUAACGGACACGACGGUGGUGGUGGUGCCGGAACCAAAGCUAAUUAAACAACCUCAUCUUUCUUAGUUGGACCGGCCGGUUUGAAAAUUUUGAACCAGUUGGUUUAACCAACGAUCAAUACCAGUACUAUAUAAAGUUAUGUUAGUUUUGUUGCAAUGAUUAUCGUUAGAAAAAUCCAUGGGAAAAAAACCCAUCAUUUGGGUUAUCCUAAUAAUGGUUUUGAGUCUUUU